AUGUCUGCUUCGCCCUCGCCUCGCCUUUCCACGUCACCGCCUGCCGCCUUCUCGCCUGACCCCAUCACUCCAGACUCUACCCUUCGUGCAAGGACCGUCUCUUCUUCUCCGAAUGAAUCUCAAAAUUCCGCUUCGCUUUCCACCGCAUUCUCCGACUCUGGCCUAAGCAGCCGUCUCACGCGAGAAGCUUCGCGUUCAUCCUUUCGCAUGGGAACUCCGAUCAGGAAGAUCUUGGUUCGCUCUGACGCAGCGCUUUUGACAUGUUUCGAUCCCGCAGACAAGGAGUUGUAUGAUCUCUGGGCACCAAAGAAAUGA